AUACUAUGUGCCAUCACCACCACCACCAACUACCUUUCCAUCUUGCUGUAACUCACCACCACAUCGCUCCACUCCUUCCUCAAUGCACCAUUCUCAAAGAUGCAUACAACUUUCCACUCACCUCUAAAACUCGUAUAAAUCAUUCCAAACACUAAACUACAAAAACAGAAACUUCUUCUACGUACAAUUAUUUCCACAGUAAACCCCUUUUCCCUCUACACACCAAAAACCCAACCAAAUAAAUUCCUCCUCGCUCUGCACACAACACAACACACACACGCAUCCGUAUCACACCAACAACUAAAACAUCAAUAACACAGCACCAUGUUCACAGUUCUGCUUCUGCUCUCGUUCCUUCUAAGCACCUCCUCUUCUCACAACCUAUCAUACCCUCAUUUCCAACAACUCGACGUAAAACAAACCCUCGCACAGACCAAACUCAUUCCAACCCCAACCCCAAAACAACCGUCCAACUACCACCAAACACCCAACACUGUCAUUGAUUCAUCAUCAACAAAAGGGAAACUAAAACUAGUCCACAGAGACAAAGUUCCCACCUUUAACACUUCCCACGACCACCAGACCCGGUUCAACGCCCGAAUAAAGCGAGACUCCAGAAGGGUCGUCGCCCUCCUCCGCCGCCUGGCCUCCGGAAAACCCACCUUGGACUCGGAGGCAUUCGGGUCGGAUGUGGUCUCGGGUAUGGAACAGGGAAGCGGGGAGUACUUUGUCAGAAUCGGAGUUGGAAGCCCGCCUCGGAACCAAUACGUGGUCAUAGACUCAGGCAGCGACAUUAUAUGGGUCCAAUGCGAACCCUGCACCCAAUGCUACCACCAAUCCGACCCGGUUUUCAACCCAGCCGAUUCCUCCUCCUACGCCGGCGUCUCCUGCGAGUCCACCGUGUGCAGCCACGUGGACAACGCCGGCUGCCACGAGGGACGCUGCCGGUACGAAGUCUCCUACGGAGACGGGUCCUACACUAAAGGAACACUCGCGCUUGAAACAAUCACCUUCGGACGAACCUUGAUCCGAAACGUUGCAAUCGGGUGCGGGCACCGCAACCAGGGAAUGUUCGUUGGCGCCGCUGGGCUUCUGGGCCUCGGAGGUGGGCCCAUGUCCUUCGUGGGCCAGCUCGGUGGGCAAACUGGCGAGGCCUUUAGUUAUUGUUUAGUUAGCAGGGGAACCCAAUCCCCCGGAUUACUCGAAUUCGGACGCGAAGCAAUGCCCGUGGGAGCAGCGUGGGUUCCCCUGAUCCACAACCCGCGGGCCCCAAGUUUUUACUAUGUUGGGCUUUUGGGUCUGGGAGUUGGGGGGCUACGGAUACCCAUACCCGAAGAUGUUUUCAAAUUAUCCGAAAUGGGUGAUGGCGGAGUCGUUAUGGACACCGGCACCGCUGUGACGCGGCUGCCAACGGCGGCUUACGAGGCUUUCCGCGAUGGGUUUAUAGCCCAAACCACCAACCUGCCACGGGCUUCCGGAGCGUCGAUUUUUGACACGUGUUAUGACCUGUUUGGGUUUGUAUCGGUUCGGGUUCCGACCGUUUCGUUUUACUUUUCGGGUGGGCCUAUUUUGACCCUGCCAGCUAGGAACUUUCUGAUCCCAGUGGAUGAUGUGGGAACCUUUUGUUUUGCCUUUGCUCCUUCUUCUUCUGCCCUUUCCAUCAUUGGCAACAUUCAGCAAGAGGGCAUUCAGAUUUCUGUUGAUGGAGCUAAUGGGUUUGUCGGAUUCGGACCCAAUGUCUGUUAAGUGAUAAUACCCAUGUAUAUCAACAACCAUAUGAAUUUUGCUAGUUUUAGUGCAUGUGCUCAUUAAUUAUAAUAGAUAAUAAUAAUAUUAUUAUUAUUAUUAAGGUGCUUGGGUUUUGAUUUUGAGAUGCUAAAAGUAAGUGGAAAAUUGUGAUGAAUGGGUGGUCAAAGAUUGGUAGAGUAACUGAGAGAGCAGUCAAAAGAAUGAUAGAAAAGUUGAUAUGGGUAAUGUUUAUGGUGUGGAGUGUGAUAUUGAGGAGGAUCCAAGAGAACACUUUUAAUGAAUUUGAAGGUGGGAAAUGAUUUAGCUUCACUACUACUGAUGGGUGGACAUUGCUCUGACAUCUUUUUCUUUUUUUCUUUUUUCUUUCUUUCUUUCACAUAUAGAGAUUCCCCAGUGUGAAAGCUGGUAGUGCAAUUGAAUGAUGAGGGAAGAAGGGGAGCCACCACCAUUAUGGGCAUGUGAAAACCAUCAAUAGGGACUCUCUGCUCUGCCUUUUGUUGGGACCUCUGUUUCGAGUGCAUUUCACCACUCACUUUUGCAAAGCCAAGCCAUUUCUGCUUUGCUUUUUCUCUUUUCAAGGAUCUAAGAUUAACAUAAAUCACCCUUCUCCAUUUCUUUUUAUUCCCUAAUGUGGUUCAUUAUUAGCACCAAAUUCAGCCUUACAUGUUCCAUUCACGUCAAUGCAUCAAUGUGUUUGAUAAUUUUAGCAGUGAAAAUGAUAUUUUUCGUGUCCAGUCCUUUGGCUUUGUAAGCACUUUAUAGGCCCACCAUAAAGUGGGAACCUGUUGGUGAAAAAUGGUGAAAGGAAAGGAAUCAAUUAAUGUACCCUUUGAUUAGAAAAUAAGAUCAUGUAGGAUAUACUUUGCA